AGUUCAGCAGUGCAGUUAGAAAGAAUAAAUCUUUAAAUUAUAUUGUGUAGAGAUUUUCUUUGAUACCAACAUUAUUUCCUUCACUUUUCGGGAAACUGUCGCCUAACCGAGGUAAAAAGAUAGGGAGAGUACUCGAGUGACGUUCCUGAACGCAACAUAAACCAAUAUAUAGGAGUCUGUGGGUUGAACACGUUCGGACUUGUGAUUUUUUGAGAAAUGUACCUUUUGGUACCUUGGUGAAAGGACUGUAAAGAAAGGUCUGAAUCCAAGUAAAAUAACCAGAGACAACUGAAUGAAUCAUGUCUAGAUAUUCGUUUAUUAUGAUUGAUUAACGAUUAAUUGACAAAAUCAUCCGAGAUUUUUUUUAGUGUUGUUGAAGACAAUUGUUGAACACAGUUUCAAGUUAUCAUACGUAAACAUUUAGAUAUGAUGUGUUCGAUACGAAAGUAUCGAAAUUAAAACUGAAAUGCUCGAUUUUGUAGAAGAAAGAUUCUAUUAAAUGAUAAGAGAUGAUAAGAGUUUAAACUUGUUUCAAAUGAAUCUACACAAUUACAACAACGAUCAUUACAACAAUGACAGUGAUGAUGACAGACCUAAGACACCAUUGGAACAAGAUUGUUGUGGUAAUGGUUGUGUACCAUGCAUUUUUGAUGUUCACAAAAAAUUAUUAGGCGAGUGGGAAAAUAGAAAGGCACAAGAUGUAAAAGUUAAAAUAAAUAGUAAUUUAUUAUCCCUCCUAUUAUAUAAAACAUUUGUUAUUGCGAAUAUAACUGAAACUUCAGAAGACUAUAUUUUAGUUUACUUAGAAUAUCAAGAGAGUAAUAUACAAAGUAGUAUGAAUUUGUAUAUCACACCUGGCCAAUAUAUCAUGCUACAUUUCUGGUGUAUGUCUCGACCAUAUACACCAAUUAUCUGGUCCAGAAAAAGUUUAGUUCUCUUAGUAAAAGUGUAUAAACAGGGUGAAUUUAGUACACGCUUAAAAAAUGCACCACUGGGUAGCUCAAUUGAUGUUAGAGGCCCAUAUGGGGACUUUAAAUAUGAAAGCAACAGUUUUCAACAGAUCAUCAUGUUCAGUAUUGGCUCUGGAAUAGCUGCACUUUAUCCUAUAGCGAAAACAAUAAUUGAUAAUGAGGCAGAAUUAACAAAAAUACAUCUUGUUGCUGGAUUUCAAUCUGUUGCUCAUGUUCCUCUGAAGAAAGAACUGAGAUACCUAACAGAUUAUUGGAAUUUUAAAUGCACAUUACAACUGUCUCAGUUAAAUGACGAAACAGUCGGUCCUCAUGGUCUCCAUAUAAAAGUCGGUCGUUUGAGCAAACUACUAGUUGCUGAUUAUCUUCAAUAUAAUGAUACAAGGACGACAUUGAUCUUAAUAUGUGGAACUUCAGAGUUUAAUCAAUCUAUGAAAAAAUGGGUCCAAGAAAUGAAUUAUACUCACAUACAUAUAUUUGAAUAAAGUAUAAACUGAUAAA